CCUCUCCUGAGUUACAACAGAAUCGACAAACUGUUGUUUGUGCGUAUCAGCUGUAAUGGCAAUUCUCUGGUGUGAUAUCUUGUCAGCCUUGUUGAUUACUGUGUGCUCCUCUCUUUCCAUUAACACCAAAAAUGACCAAUUUAUUAUUACCUUGGAAAACAAAGCUUUACUACAGGAACCAGGUCUCAGUAAGGUGCUGGAUGUGUUAGCCAAUGAUACUACGGAAAGCUCUACUAAGAAGUCAUGCCUGCUGGAUUUUGCAUCUUCUCUUCAUCAAUGCCCAUUCAAUGCAAGUGUCAAGUUUUUUGAAAAUGCUGAGCAAGCUGGGCUGAAUCAUCGCUAUCGAAACAGCAUGGCUGUUCGUCCACUUUGCCUCUUUGACUUAGACAUACAGGGAAAUGCUGAGUUUAAUCAGAGCAGAGACAGCAUGACUCUAGCUGGGGAAUUCUGCAUGACAGAACAUAUGCCAGCAGCUGUUGCUGUGGGAGACUAUAACAAGGAUGGCUUAGUCGAUAUGUACUUUACUGUAUUUCAUGGACAGAGUGUGCUGUACAAGAACAAUGGACAUGGAAAAUAUGUAGAUGUGACUGCAGAAACAGGAAUAGGGCCGAGAGAGUAUGCUAGUGGUGCUGUCUGGUUGGAUGUAGACAUGGAUGGAGAUCUAGAUCUCUAUGUGACAAGUAUAGGAAACCCACGUCAUUAUCUUUACAUGAACCAGGGUGGCAUAAAAUUUGUUGAGGAAGCAGUUGAGCGUGGUGUUUCUUGCGAGCUUCCAAACAGUCGGAAACUAGGAGGCAUGUCACCCAGUGUAGGAGAUUACGACAUGGAUGGCUAUCCUGAUAUCUAUAUCACAGAGUGGAUGCUCAUACCAGAUGACCAGCCUUCAGCUUCAAGGCUAUUUCACAACAGAGGCCAAAACAAACCAGGGUAUUUUGAAGACAUGACUAUUGAGGCAGGAAUCGAUAUAUCAUCUUUGCAAACCAAUGUCCCAUUGAAAGGCAUCUUCACAUUUGCCUCUUCAUUUACUGACUUUGAUUCUGAUGGCUGCCCGGACUUAGCUGUGACAGCAGACUAUGGAGGGAGUCAGUUGUACUGGAACAAUUGUAACGGUACAUUUACUCGAUGCACAAAUCGCUGCGGUCUUCGAACAAAAGUGGAUGCAAUGGGUCAUGCAAUUGGGGAUAUAAAUGGUGAUGGUCAUUUGGAUUGGUUUUCUACUGGUAUACAUAGUGGAGACAGAUCUACAUGUCAGAUGACCGGUUGCAUGUUUGGGACAACGGGAAAUGCUCUGUUCAUAAAUCUUAACAGCAACAUUCCCGGCAAACGAGCAUUUUCUAAUUUUGCAAAAAAGAUUGGCGUAGAAAAUGGCAAUUGGGGUUGGGGAGCAGCAAUGCUUGAUUUCAACAACGACAAGUACACUGACCUUGUCAUGACCAAUGGAUUUGACAUGCCAUCAACUGGUAUUGAUGAUAGGUUUAUGUAUAAUCCAAUGAAGCUUUGGAAAAAUUCAAGACCCGGAUUGCUCAGUUCCUUUAACGAUGUAGCCAGUGAGUCAGGACUGACUGCACGAGGACAGGGACGUGGUCUUGUUAAAGUUGAUUAUGAUGGUGAUGGUGAUGAAGACAUUGUAGUUGCACAGAACACUGGUCCUCCGUUGUUGUAUGAGAAUCAGUGUGGUAAUAAGAAUGACUGGAUCAAGGUGCAAGCUAAAGAAAAGUGUCCACAAGCGAAGAAAUUGUGUGACAGUCUCCAUGCUCGUAUUACAGUCACAACUGAAGAUGGGUGGAAGCAGACUCAAGAAAUUGGGUCAUCAACACACUUUAUGGGCCAGAGCGAAAUCACAGCACACUUUGGUCUUGGUUCAACACGGAAUGAUAACGUCAAUGUUAUAGUGCAUUGGCCAAGAUUUCGGGUAACUGUUUACUAUUUGUAUGUGAACAAAAACGUGAUACUUCGUGCCAUAGCACCAGUUGAUCGACCAUUACAGACUCCAAAAUUCAUUAAGAAAAAUAUGACAUCAAGAAUGCUGUCAUAUUGUCCAGAUCUUCAUAUAACUGAUGCUUUUAUGAGAGGAAACAGUGUUGGUUCUCUUUCUGUUAUUGACAAUGGCAAGAAAGUUUUGUGGCAUAGUGCAGAAUCCCUAGAAAAGCAUGGAGUCUAUACUUUGAUUGAGCCACUGAUUUUGAAAUUUUCAUAUUCUGUGAAGAGUCGUAGUAGCAAUGGAAAAUGGAAACAGUCACGAGAGCAGGGUGUACUUAUUAUUACUGACGUCAACAAUGCACUCACAUCUUCAGAUGUUGAGAAUUUUGAAGCUUGUGAUGAGACUAGGCAUGAAAAGAUGGUUCAGUGGAAUUUAACAGAAAUCUGUCAAAACAGUACUGUGAGGAGGUUUGAUGGUUACUGCAAUCAUCUUGAUAGUGACAAGUUGGCAUGGGGUGGUGCUAAUCGUCCAGUGCGCCGUGAUGUAUCACCCGCAUACUUAGACGGCAUUAAUGUUCCUCCUGAUCAAUGUGGCUACAGAAAUGAAGAUUCUAUUAUUAAAGUAGUUGACAAGUGCCAGUAUGAGCGUGAAUAUGGUGGAAGAGGUUCACAGAGACCGUCACCUCGUCUCAUCAGCAAUGAACUGUUUCAUCAGGUUUCUAGUGUGCCUAGUCGUUGUGGGGUCAACGACAUGUUAACACAAUGGGGCCAAUUCAUUACUCAUGACAUUGAUCACACGAGCAAGCUGCCUGACUUUUUACUUUUCAAGAGUAGCUAUGCGUUGCUUCCAAUAUCAGUGCCAAAAGGCGACAUUCAGUUCGAUUUGGAUGACAAAGGAGAUCAAUACUUGCCAUUUCAACGGUCUACGUUUGACAGGUGCUCUGGUCAGACGUCUGGGUCGGCUCGACAGCAGUUGAAUAGUAUCAGUUCAGUCAUUGAUGGUUCAGUUGUGUAUGGAUCUUCAAGACAUACUGUUGCUUUGCUUCGAACCUACAAGAAUGGGACGUUGAAGACAGGAAAUGGAGAUAAUCUUCCUUACAACACAUUUGGCGUUUCUAAUGACAACAACAUUGGACGAGAUCCACAAAAACUACUUGCAGCAGGUGAUGUUCGAGCUAACGUUCAGCCAGGCAUCAUAGCUUUGCAUACCAUAUUCUUGCGAGAGCACAAUCGCUGGUGUGAAGAGUACUUAACGAAUUACUCAAUGGCAUCAGAUGAAGAAAUUUUUCAGUAUGCUAGAAGGAUGGUGACUGCAGAGCUUCAAGCCAUCACUUUUAGAGAGUUUUUGCCUGUAGUUUUGGGCUACAGUCUUAAACCAUACUCAGGUUAUGACGAAGACACUAAUCCAGAUGUUGGUCACGUCUUCUCAGUUGCUGCUUUUCGAUUUGGUCACAGUCAAGUAAACACGCAUUUGUGGAGACUUAACGCUGAUGGCUCUGUCAGUUGCUAUGGCCACUUGCCAUUGCGAGAUGCUUACUUCAAGCCAGAACGAGUGUUGAGAGAAGGUGGCAUCGAUCCGUUUCUUAGAGGCUUUGUGGCCCAAACAGCUCAAGAAGUUGACCUUUUAAUGGUAGAUGAUAUGAGAAACUUUUUGUUUCCUGUGGGAGCUUCUAAUGGUGGAGAUUUGGCUGCUCUGGAUAUACAACGUGGUCGUGAUCAUGGCCUUCCUGACUACAAUACUGUACGACAACAACUUGGACUUAAACCUAUGGAGUCAUUCGAGGAGAUUACAGAAAAUCCUCAUGUUGCAUGCAAGUUGAGGGAGUUGUAUGGAUCUGUGAAUAAUAUUGAUUUGAUGGUGGGAGGUUUAGCUGAGCGUCACAUUCGAAGAGGUGAAGUUGGAGAGACGUUUGCACGCAUUAUUGAAGUGACAUUUCUUCGUAUACGUCGGGGUGAUCGGUUCUGGUAUGAAAACAUCAUGACUCCUGCAGACGUAGAACUGAUCAACAGUAUGUCAUUUUCUGAGAUUAUCCGAAAAAAUUCUGGGUUUCUUGAUGCCCCCGAGGACAUCUUCUUUCACUGGCCAAGAAAUGGAGGGACUUAUUUGCACUGUAGUGUGUGCCACAGUGAUGGUUAAAUAGUGUGAUUAUUGACAGAAGGUCAAAUUGUAUUAUGCAAGUGUAGGAACGUUUGCGGUUGGAAUCAAAGGGAGCUGUAGUUUCAUACUUGCUACAUGUUAGAUACACGUAUGAGACAUGCAUUCUAUGCUACAACAAUGUCAUUAUUAAUUAAAGUGACUUUGUGUU